UAUUGGGCGUUAAUAAAGAUUUACUAGGCGGACUACUUAAAAAGGAAAAUUUGCACGCUACGAGCUUUUUUAUUAUUGAAAGUUUUUGAAAAACCAAAUCUUACACGCUAUACGAAAUAUAAAUUUAGUGAUAACGUUUCUUGUGUCUUUUUAAAUUAUAAUCUAGUGUUCAACAAUUGGACAAUUGGUGAAGCGUUAAUUACAUAAUAUUCGAUAUAAAAAACUAUAUUUACGCGUAAAGAACUUAUAUUAUUAUAUCUGAGUGUUAACGCGUAAACAUGGCUCCGAAAUCGCGACCAGAUCACCCAUUUUGUGCAUGCGGUAAUCCCGUCCGCUUAUGCUAUUUUGUGAAGAAGAAUCACCCAAGACACAGGGAUAGAUACUGGGGUUGCCCGAGGAGGUCUUGCGAACAUUUUGAGUGGGUGGACCCAUAUCCGGGAAGAUCAACGGGCUCACAGAAGACCCAGUCGAAUUCGAACUCCCAUGCCACGUCGGCUCGGACUGGAAGUAUUGGCAUCGAAGAGCUAUUUAACGCGUCACCAUCGGAUGCCGAGUUGGAAAAAAAAUAUAAUUAUCCCAUUAAAGUGACGUUUAGUGUAGACAAUGAUGAACAUUUUAUAGUAAGAGGGUAUCAUCAUAUCCUCACAGAGUAUUGGAAAUCACGAAGAGGUGCCAUUUAUGACGCGACCAGAAAGGGAUGGGUAAUUCCCAUGACAGAAUAUGAAAAUUCUUUCAGGGAAUUAACAAAGUACAAAAAAAUACCAAUGGAAAUUAUAGGGGUUUCUGGGUAUGUAGAAAAAGCUAUCAAAUUUAAGGCUGCAAAACCUCACAUUGAAGAAUGUCAAAUUAAAGAAAAAAUUGGAAGCCUCUGGGAAGCGUUACUCUCUCACCAAAAAGAAGGAGUGAAAGAAGUCAUUGCUCGGAAUGGACGAGUUUUACUCGGAGACGAUAUGGGCCUUGGAAAAACAAUCCAGGCUCUUGCUAUCGCAGAAUAUUACAAAGACGAUGGUAAGGUCCUCGUUAUAUGCCCCGCCUCAGUUUCGGGGAACUGGGAGAGUGAGAUCAAGAAAUGGUUGGGUGCAAAAGAUGAAGAAAUUUGGAUCGUAAAAACCGGAAAGGAGGCGAAUCAAGAUCAAGCGCAAUAUACAAUCGCCUCCUAUGAAAUAGCGAAAAAACGCGAAGGUUGGACAGGGCGAUUUCAAAUCAUUAUUGCCGAUGAGUCGCACUUCCUUAAAGAUCGCCAAUCAGAUCGAACGAAGAAGCUUGCUCCUCUCAUGAAAAAAACAAAGAGAGUAGUCCUUCUUUCAGGUACACCGGCAGAAUCAAGACCAGCCGAACUUUUUGCUCAGAUCAAUAUUGUUGCUCCGGUGCUAUUUUCGAAUUAUGACGAAUAUAUAAAGCGAUUCUGCGGUGGCGAAAGGAGGAUGAAUAAAGAUGGAAAGAGAUAUAUUGAUACAAAAGGGGCGACAAAUACAGAAGAGCUCCACUGGCUUCUAAAUUCGACCAUUUUGAUCCGAAGGAAGAAGGAGGACGUAAACUUAGGUUUACCUUCAAAGACUCGACAGAUAAUUCAUAUUGAGAUUCCCGCAACUUCCAAAAGAGAGUUGCAAGAAAUGAAAAAAAAAAAGGGGGUAGAUAAACCUAAUUUCUUGAAGUUGUACGAGGAAUCAGGUAGAGCGAAGGUUCCUGCCAUUCAAGAUUAUCUCCUUAGUCUUAAAGAUGACAACAAGAAAUACAUCGUAUUUGCUCACCAUAAAGACGUAAUGGAUCAGAUUUGCUAUGUCUUGCGUAGGGAACAAAUCAGAUUUAUAAGGAUUGACGGUCAAACCGAUGUUAAAAUAAGACAAGACUUUGUUGACAAGUUUCAAGAUGAAAGAGAAGUCAAGUUCGCGAUUUUGUCCCUUACCGCGGCGAGUACUGGUCUGAAUUUUCAAGCUGCUGAUGGAGUUAUAUUUGCGGAAUUAAGCUGGAAUCCGUCAACAAUUGCACAAGGAGAAAAUCGCGCACACCGUAUCGGUAGAGUCGGCGACGUAGAAAUAAAGUAUAUACUCUCUAAAGACACCUUGGAUAUGGUUCAAUGGCAUAUGUUAAAGAAGAAAUCAAAGGUACUUGGUAUAAUCUUUGAUAACGAAGAUAAUGUCUCCUUGGACGAAAUUAGCGAGGAAGACCAUUGGAUGAUUGAAGCGCUCGGCAAAGAAAUGUCAAGUCGGUGCGGUAAUGAACUUAAUACUCAAGAUAUCAGAAAUUUUUUUACGAAUCCCAAUGAAGAAAUAAUCGACGACAAUCCCACGAAAGAUCAGGAAAUUACCGCUGAGAAAGCUGAUAAUAAUCGAGAUAAAGGUUGCUUAAAGGCUUGCACCAUUUUCGAUGAGAUGGCUGAUAAUCUCAACUGGGAUUUCGAUAUUGGUUCUUCUAAAAAGCCUGUAUUAGGUGAUAAAGUAGAAAUUAUGGCAACAAAUUCAGUAGAAUUUCCAACUAUUUUCGAUAUUAUGGCUGAUAAUCUCGAUUGGGAUUUUGAUAAGGAUUUAGAUCUAAAUUUUGACCAUGGUGAUGCGAAAACUAAAAAUUUAUCGUUUGCUUUAGAGGACGAUGGUAAAGCUAUAAUAGAUAAUAAUGAUUAUAGUAAUUCAAUUAAAGUUGAUACCACUACAGAUCCCACAUUUUUUGAAUUAAAUGACAACAAGGCUUUAGUUUCGCUAGAACCUUUCAAGAAUUGUAUUGAAAACAGAGAUUCUCAAAAAGAACCAAUAACUAUAUUGGAUGAUGAAUAUACUCAGAAUAUUAUAAACAUUCAUUUUGAUUCAACUGUCAUUGAAGCGGAGAAUAACGAUAAUAGUGACAAAUCCGAUAAAUACUCGGCAGCUGAAUUAGCCAGUUUUUUCAAUCAAAGAUAUAGUGCUGAUCCUAGCUCAAAGGAAACUUCAUCUCAUAAUGUUUCAAACGUUUUAUUUUUCACAAACGAACUUACAAAUGAAGAUUAUGAUCCACGAAAUUUAUCAGGCUCACAAAAUAAACGCUAUACUGACGAAAAAGAUCAGCGAUAUGAACUUUAUAGCUUAUUAGGCUCGAAAAAUAAACGCAAAGCGGACGUUUAUACAAAUGAACUUAUGUUUGUUCGAUAGGACGAAAAUCUGCAUUAGCAACUCAAGUCGUUCAGGAAAGCAAAAGACCUAUUUCGGAAGUUCAACCGUUGUCACUAAUUAACCAAGUUGCCUAUCCAGCAAACCGAGAAUCUUUGUUGCCCAGAACUGCAGAUCAAGAAGAUAAUGAACAACAAACCCAAGAAAGACAUACAAAGAAAUGUUAUCGUGAUAGAGGCGAAAAAUCAAAAUGCCAUGGAAAUCUAGACUUGUAAUCUUUAGGGUUUAAGUGCUGUUGGAGUAUCUUAAUUUUAUAAAUAAUGUAAUACGUGAUCAUUAUGUUUUACAAUGCAGGUAGAUCGAUAUAAAUUUCGCGUCUUAA